AUGGGCCCCAAGCAGCCUAAGUCCGGCCGGGACACGCCGGGGUCCGUGCAGCCGACCUGGGAGCCCGCGCUGGUGUCCGCCCGCCUCGAGGAGGAUGACUGGAAGCCUAGCAUCAGUUUUGUUGUCGGGAGCAAGAUUGAGGAUGAAAUGCACACCCAGGCCCUGGCUCUUGCUGUGCAGGUGCCACUGCGAAAACUCUUCAGUGUGAUAACAUCUGAUGACCUUUACAAACAGGUCGCAGAAUCUGGGCGUCCAAAGGGAAGAAGGCUUAAGGAUAUGCCUAUGUACUAUGAGGUGAUGGAAUUAGCCAAAGCCUUUCUGGACCAGGGUGAAAAAUUUCCUGCAACACUAACUGGAAAGCUGUUGAAAUUUCAAUUGCUUUGUCUCAAACAGAAGGCUCUUCAGAGAAGAGAAGAGGAAAAGAAGGCAGAACAGCUGAAAAAAGAAAAGGAGAAAGCGAGAGAAAAAGAGAAAGAAAAAGAAAAAGAAAAAGAUAAGAAAUCUCCUGAUAAGACAGGUGGAAAAGAUAGUAAAGGAAAAAAGUCAGAGUCAUCAUCCCCUGUUAAAAAGGACACCAAAUUCAAACAACGGGGAGAAGUGGAAGUGAAAGACAAAUACAUUGAUGAUGAACCAGAUGAUGGUGCUCAUUAUUACGUUAUCAUUCUGGGUUUCCCCAGUCUUCAGUUGUUACCUGUCUUGAUUGAGCUUGGGAUUAACAUUUCAAGUGUAAUUCAAAUUUCUUCUGAAAAUUACAAGCCAUUGCAGAUAUACUUAGAAGCAACUAAACUUCAAAAACAAUCUUCACUUUCACUUGAAGAUAUAGAAGCAGAGAAAAGAAAGGAAGAUGAAGCUAAGAAAGACCUGGAAACAUUUUGGAAAUUCCUGGAGCCCGUUCUGAGCAGUGGAAAGCAUGGAUCAAGUCUCUUUGAUGUUGCCAGGCUUCAUUACCUAGUUAAGGAAAGUGACUUUCCCCCUGAUUGGACAGACAGAGAAAUGCUGCUUGAAUUGGGUACUGUGGUGUUUGAACAUGUUGCUUGUUUGAUGUAUGACUGCCUGGACUGGAGAAGACAGCAUUGCAACUACUUGGAAAACACCAAGUUUAUUAACGUGACUGUGUUACCAGAGAGCAAAUCAACACAACCAUCUUCACUUGAGGAGCAACCAGCACCACAGAUGUCACCUACAAGGAAAAGAGGGAAACAAGAAGAAAUUCUGCCAACAAUAGUUCUGUCAGAGACAGAAGAAACUUCUGUUCUGUUUCCUUCUGUGGACAUGAGAUAUUACAAUGACUUGCUGUAUCAAAUUCCUGAGGAGUACUUUUCUGUACCCUUAAUGCUGAGCUGCAUGUUGGAACAGGUUAUUGCAAGUGAGGAAGACCUUCCACCACCAAGUCUUGUGUCACUAGAGCCUCAGGAAGAUGAGCUGCAUCGUGCCAUCGCAGAUCAUAUAAUCUCUGUCCUUCCUUCUCUUUACCUUCCUAUGAGUGAAAAAAAGAAUCUGUAUGACUACUUUUCUCCUAAACCAAAUGUACAAGAGAGGGUCACCCCCGAGUACCCUCUCUUAUUUAACUACCACGAUGCCCUGGCUCAGCGGUUGCACCUCCUGAAGGUCCAAGAGAAUGUCGAUCCAGAAAAGAUUGAGCAUGAAAUGAUGGAUAAACUGCCUCUUACAGAACUUAUCCAUUUCACCCCUCCUUCAACUGAAAACAACACUAAACGCUUGGCCAGAAUUCAUGAGCUCAUGUAUUAUUUUACUACUGAACUUCUGAAUUGGGCUGAAGUAGAAAGAGCCUUCAGAGUGUUUACUUUUGAAAGCCUGAAGCUGACUGAGCUAAGCGACUCUGGUUUCCUGGAGAGCUCUGGAUCUAGGCUUGGAGGUGAUUCUGAAGAGUCUUAUAUCCCUUGGGAUAAUCCAGCCAUGUUUGCUAGACAGCUGAGACAACUCUUCCUUAUGGAAAAGAAAUUUAGUGGGAAAUCUCCAAGAAGCUCUGGGUAUACAGAAACAAGUGACGAAGAUGAAGAAGACAAUCCGGUUUAUCCUCUUUUGAACGUAGAUUUGGAUCAUCUUUAUUCUGAUAUGGUGAGUCUCGAAAAUUAUGGCCUAGGACCAAAAUUAGAAGAAAUAAAAAAGACACAGAGGCGUUGCUUGACAGACUGGAGUUUGGAAGAGCAUUUUCAACCACAUGUUCUUCAUCAGGUUCUUCAUACAGCAUCCCAAGAAUACAGAUGUAUUGAUUCCUUUUAUCAUAGCCAAGAUAACUCUUUACUAAUGGUUUUUCACAAUCCCAUGAAUCAACAUCGUCAGAGCCAAGAGACUUGGAAUAUUGCUCUGCACUCUAAUGUGGGAUUCAGAAACUAUCUUGAGCUGGUGGCCAACUUAAUUGAAGACUGGGUGAAAGAGGAAGAAGCUAAAUACCAAAAAGAGAAGAUGGGCAGCACAACUGAACCUGAGAAUGUAAUAGAGUCUCAAUCCAAGAAAGAAGAAAGUCCCAUUAUCAGAGAAGAUUCUCUAAAGGCUUGGAAGAUUGAGCAGGACCGAUUACGAGAGGAAGAAGAAAAAGAAAACGAAGAAGAACAAGAAAAGGAAGAAAAAUUGCAAAGUAAAAGGAGAAGCCAGGAUUUAAGAGGAAGUAAAGAAGGAAAUAAAAAAGGAAAUAAAGGAUCAAACAGAAGACCUUUGGAAGACAAGUAUCAAAAUGAGUCAGCGAAAGCUGCUGAACUUGAGGAUCAUAGCAUUCCAGAAACAUGUUCUGAGAAAGUUUAUAAGUUUCAUGGCUACAAUACAGGGGAGGAUAUCAUUCAAGUAUCAGGAACCAAUCGGUAUCUUUUCCCAUCCGAUGGAGGACAGAUUCAAGUAGAGAAGAUAGAGUUUGUAAAAAAAACUUUGAUAAAGGUGAAAGUAAUGAAAGACAAGCACAAUUUCUUCGUUCAUGUCACAGACCCCAAGGAAAACUUCAAGGAAGCUGAAGAGCAAGAAAUUAAUGAAGAACAGCAAAUUACAUCAGAAGAAUUGAAAAAUAAAAAGAAAGCUGUGAGCAAGUUUGGAUCUUUUUCAGCCACCUUGGAAAAUGGAAUCCAGCUGUCUCUGAGCUAUUAUGGACCUACAGGGGAGGCAGAUGAUGAAACAGCUCUUGUCUUAGAAAGAAUUCUGAACAUCCCUUCUGUUCAUCUUCCGACGGUAGUUCCAACAGUUUCUGUUAUUACACCAUCGCAGGGAAAAAAAGAUAAGCUUGACAGAGGAAAAUCAGGAAAAGCUUCUACCAAAGGAAACCGUCGCAAAUUAGCCCCUUCACCACCUGAUAACGUGAAAGAAGAGCAAAAGGUAGAAAUGCAAGAACCAGUUCCCCAAGCACAAGAGGUGUCAGAUGCUCCUGCUUUUCCAAGUUUGAAUGUCUCCUGUCCCAACGGACUUGUACUAACUUUCCUCAGUGAAAGGUUUCAAGAUUUGAAAGGUGAAGCCGCUGCCACUGAAGCAAAGAAAGAGACAGUAGAGGAAAGUAAAGGCAAAGCAGAUGAGGAAGAAAAGGAAAAGGUUAUGCCAAGUGGAGGGAAGGAAGAGGUUAUGCCAAGUGGAGAGGAGGAACAUCAGGUUACAGAAGGCGAAAUCAAGCAGGAAGACACCCAAAGUGAACAGGCUAAGCAGCCUCCUCUGGAAAUUAUGGUUAGACAGAGUUAUCCCCAAAAGGUAAAGAACUCUCAUCUUUAUUCAUCUCCAGCGAGGCAAAAAGAACAAGAGGUGUCAAGAGUCAUCACUAGUCAAGGAACUGUCAUAAAGCACCUGAUGGAUGGAUCUACCCAGAUUCUGUUUGCUGAUGGCACAGUGAUUAAUAGCCCUGAUUCUGGUCCUGUCCUACCCCCACCUGCAGAUGAAAUACGGAUGAAAUCUCCCUUACCAGAAUCAGACCAUUUAUCUGAGAAUAGCUCAAAGAAAGGAAAAGGCAGUGACAAGACAUCACUACCGUCUCAGAAGUCUGAUGAGUUUGAAAAGGCCAUUUCUACACAACCUAAGGCAGGAACCUGGAUAACAACAACUCCAUUAGGCAUUCUAGUGGGCACAGAGGGUGCCACAAGAAUGGAUCUGAAGCCUCUUUUAAUGUAUCAGGCCACAAACCCAGCUGAUGGAAUGAUUAUGACUGUACGAGAAGAUGAAGUGAUAAUUGUUGAAAAGCCAGAUGGUAACAAAGUAGUAGAACAUGCUGAUGGUACCAGGAUCACAUCUUUUUAUGAAAAAUAUGAAGACCUUUCUGCACCAGAGAGUAGUGUGGAAGCAGAAGCCAUUGCAAAGAAGUGCAAAGGUACACGAGUAGAGCAUCCUGAGUUUGCUACUGUUAUAGCAAAUUGGGAGGAUGGUACUUGUUGUACUGUCUUUGGAGAUGGGACAUCUAUUGUGGCAAAGCCACAGGGAACAUAUCAGGUUUUACCCAGCAAGGGAGGCUUUCUUUUCUUUGAUGAAGACUGCUCAGCAGUUUACAGCCAUGAAGUUUAUGAUUUCAGCAACAAGGAAGAAGAGAAACAAGCAGGGAGAUACAUUAUGAAACACACUUCCAGCACUAUUUGUGAGAUGAUGGAUCCUGAAGGAAAUACUUUCAAGGUCCUGGCUGAUGGCAGCACAGAUGUGUGCAUUCCCAGCAGUGGCUCUGAUGACAAGGAGGACAGGAGUUCAGCAGCAGAUGAUGUUAACAAACCUAUCACUGAUAACGAGCAUGUCCCCAGGUUUUUCAUCAUCUCUGAGGAUGGUUCUGGAACGGAGCUCCUGCGAACAAAGGAUGUACGCGAGUAUAUGGCUGAGGCCUGCAGUGAUCCUGCCACUGCAGUCUUGCAGGAUCCUGUACAAGAACAGCCAGGUGUUUUAAGUAUUACUGUCCUCCGGCCUAUGGCUGAAUCAUCCCCCUGGGUAAUGAAGAAAGAACCAGAGAGUAUUGUUCCUCCAUAUCUACAGCCAGAGACUCAGAAAGAAUCUUCUCCUCCUGAGAGGGAGAUCAAAGGUUCCCUAGUGAGAAGGUAUGCCUGGAGGGGUCUCAGCAUCGGAGAAGCUCGUGUGUCCUUGCCAGCCCCCGUGCGAAAAUGUCCCAGAAAACUGCAGAUCCGCCAGCUAUUCCAGUAUAAGCCACUCUGUGAGGAACUAAGAGAAAAACUGCAUCUUUCCCUCAAGGAAUAUAUAGAGAACAUCUUAAAGCAGGAAAAUGAGCUGGAAGAGAUUAAUGUGAAAGAACCAAGAACAGAAGAGGAAAAGGAGAAUGCUGCAAGUCUCCUUGAACAGGUUACAUCCUUCCCUGACUGGAAGAAAUCAACUGAAAAGCUCAGUAAUAAAGCCCGUGUGAGCCAGUUGUAUGAGCAGGCAGUGGCUCCUCCUGCCCAGGAUCACACAAGGAAGGCAAGCACUGCAAAGAGACAGGACCAGCAGGACAGUCCGGAUGGAGUAACAUCCAAGUGGAAAAGCAAACUGGAAGAGACCAGGAAAGAACUGGAUAAACAGAAAGCUUUAUUCGCAGCACUAAUAAAUGAUAUUUAUGCUCCGUAUUUUGAAUCUGAAUUUGGCAAAAACUUCUACCAACAAAAGUUUCCUGAUUUGGAAGCAAUGUCUAAGGAACUUCCUCCACUUCAAAAAGAAACAAGUGAGACCUGGCCUCUGAGGCUGAUAAGAGAACCCAGUGGAGCAGCUGAAUUUCUUGGUACCACAAGUGAAUCAUCCCUUUCAUCUGGCCUUCCCCUGCAGUAUCCUUCCAAACAAGUUGAUGGUUCCAGCAGCACAACAGACAAGACUGAGGGGGCAGAAGAGACAGCCUUUCAACAGAAAGUUCCAAGUCUGAUGCUGGAUGUUACAGGACAGACAAGAAAAGAGAGAGUAAUAUUACCACCAUGCCUUCAGGGGAAAAAACCAAACACCAUACCAAAUAAAAAGAUAGAAGAUCCUGCUUCAGGAAAGGUCAGCACAUCUUCUCUUGCAACAAGACAGGAUCUUACCAAAUUCCAUCUCAUCCCACCCAGGGUGGUAUUUGGAGUGCUAAAGGAAGGCUGCAUCUAUGCAACCAUUGUAAUCAUGAAGAAUGUUGGUGUGAACUUCUCAAGGUUUCGGGUGAAGCAGCCGCCUCCAUACACAGGACUGAGAGUGAUGUACACACCAGGACCUGUGGCAGCAGGCUUGCAGGCUGAACUGGAGAUAGAGAUUUUUGCCAUGCUGAUUGGAGGGAAAGACACUGGUGGCCUUGAAGAAGUUUCCCAUAAUAUUGAAAUAGUAACAGAAACUGAAACUCUUCUCCUGCCUGUGAAAGCAAAUAUCCUUUCCAGUGACAUUUAUCAGCGACGCCCCGAAGGAUUCCCCCAGGGAGGGAUGGCAGCAGGAGUCCAGGAAGUUCCUCCAAGCCCCAGGCCACGGUUUCGGAUUACACUCCCACGAAAGCUUUAUAGUUAGUGUUAGAGCCCGAGAAGAUCAACAUGAGGAUAAGCAACACUGAAAUGCCUAGAUUUUAGUUCAAACUUACGGAAACAUGCAGUGUAAUUUUCCCAUUCAUUUAAUCAGAUUAAAUGAAAAUAAAUAUUUUGCCUUUUCCUUGUUAAUGAGAAAGGUGGUCCAAAAGUUGCACAAUCUCCUGAUGUGGCUGUCUGAAAUGUAAACAGUGAAAAGAUUGCUGUAUUUCAACCCUACUACAGAGCAGUGCUUCAUGGUUCCCACAAAGUUUGUUUUUAAAAGGGAUUAGGUUUCUAAUAACCUGUGCUGAGGCACCUGAAAUCUUUUUCAAGUACUGGAAAUGCACCAAGUUUCAACACAGUCAACUGUGAUUCUUCAGGAGCUGCUGACCUGCUCUGAUCUUCUAAUUCCUAAGUUUCUGUUUGCUUUCACAAUCAUAGGCUUGCCUUUCUGUGUGCUCACCUACCUUUAAUAAGCUGCACAUACCAGAUGGGUGGUGUGAGUACACGAAGUUGCACUUGACAAGAGAGGGACCCUUACACCCUCUUGUUCACAGUCAAACAUGAGCACCUUCAAAUGUUCACCUGCUCAUCUCUCUUCAUAGUGAGACACUGAGCCACUUAGAGAUGGUUUUUUGCCCCUCCUUGAUCCCACCUACAUAGCAAUGACUAAAAGAAAGGUCACAGGCUAUUUCUGAGCCACCAUAUUUGUGUGCCCAAGUGCAGCUCUGCUUCUGGUUUAUGAAUUCAUUUCUCACAAGGUCCUUUCCUGUGCUUCAUCCUUUUUCCAACAUGUGACAUGCUGAGAGAGAUGGGGAAUUUUCCUUGAUACAUGCAGAUGAUUUGUUGUCACAACACUUCACAGUGACUGAGAAUCCCAUGAUUGGCCAUUAACAGCAGCUUUCACCAGUGUGAAACAUGAAUGCCAGUUCUGAACCAUCACAUCCACACUGUUAGGUGAGAUACAUAUUCUAAUAAUACAGAUUUAAGCUUGCCCUGUACUUGAAAGUGCUUUCCUGCUCAGGUUUGUAAAUCUAGGGAAUUUCACCCAAGAAAGGGCAAAGUGAUGUCCUAAGGAUAUUAGAAUUCCUAUCAGAGGACUGUUGGCACAGGACAGACCUCUUCCAUUUAAAGCACAUGCUGGCCUCUGUCAGUAGCCACCCAAGUACUGCAUUAGUACAGACCCACCACAAGUGAUGAAAAUCAGAGAACCAGAGGGAAACUUCAAGAAGGCAGCCUGUAUCAGCAGCUAGGGAGAGACAACAACUUUUCAAUACCUAAAAGACGUUUUCUCCAAGGAUUCUUCCCUCACACCAGUGACAGCAAACAGAGACAAAAGUGUAGGAAUUCCACCUCUUCCAACCCAGAUCAGAGGAUAUCUGAGUCAUUAUAAGAUGACUCUGCAUCCCAAGCUAUUCUUCUGUAUCACCAUUUACAUACUUCCCAUCAGUCCCUGAGUUCAUGUGCCCAUGGCCAUGAUUUUUUCUUCCAGGCCUCCCAGGGGAUCAUCAAAUAGCAGUUCAUUAUACAGCAUCCAUAACAUCUGUUUCCCUGACAUUAAGGUAAACAGAGGCACAGCCAGCCUUCCCCUUUUGGUAUCCAGUUUUGGCCUCUCUGUCCUCAGUCACCUCAGCUGAGGGCGCACUGUGGUGUCACAAGCCAGCUCUCCAUCUGUAACACUUGUAUUUCCAGCAGGCUGGCCAUUUCAGCAGCAGAUAAUGUGGAUAACAGAUGUCAACUGACUUUACCAACAAAAUGUAUCAUCCUACAGUGCAUCCUCUUCCUCCUAGUAAUCCCUCCUAGGAGGGUCUAUUUUGGGAGUAGCAAAGGAAAAGAACAGAAUAAAAUGAAAUAGAACAGCCUAAGUCAGGAUAGAGAGACGUCUGAAUGCAGCUGUUUCCAGAUGCCUCUAUAAUUAUAAUUUCAUAUUUGUCCAGAUAUGGAUGAAACUUGUGAUUCAAGUGAAACAACUGGCAGAGCUGUAUGAAGACUGCCAUUUUUAUACAGUCUGAAAGCCACCUGGAAAUGGAGCACGUGCUCCUGUGAA